UAAAAUAAACUUGACAGUGUGAAAUUAAAAUAAAACAAAAUUGCGGUAAAGAACAGUUGUUUUGAAAGAAGGGAAAAAAUUACCCAGCUUUAAAAUUAUAGCUACAUUUUAAAACACUGCUUAAUUACGCAAGAAUGAGAGGUAAGCAAAAUGUACAAUAGCCAAAAUGGUCUAAAAUAGCCAAGGGAACCAAACGGAAAUCUUUACCUAUUCAUGUCUUCGCUGCAGAGAUAUUUGCGAAUAAGGUCGUCAAUGUAGUCGUCUUCAACUCUUUGAUCCUCGCAGGGAAUUUUUUCCAGACUGUAGUUCCUCGCCAUGAACAAUGGUAGUGUUGGCGUAAACAACACUGAAAUGAUAAACAAGUGAAAUUUUCCCGCCAAACGCACCUGCUGCCACGACAGCCGUGACGUCAUGGCGGGAGGCGGAGCCUAGUUUUGAAAUGAACAACGUCAGUCAACGUCAGUCAACGGUCCGCCGGCCUGAUGAGAAGUCCGCAUGAUGAAGCUAUCUUUCGCAUAUUCCAGAGUUUUUUUCUAAGCCUAUUUCUAAACUUAGUCUUAGUCUGCGUUGCUUUAUCGAUAACAUGGAAGCUUUGUCUUCCACCAUGCAUUCUGAAGCAAGCGAGACCACGCUGGAAACCGAUACGAAACCCUCGCCACAGAAGGUUUGCAUGAUGCGAGGUGAGGCGUCAGCCGAAAUUGGCGAAGAAAUGACAAAUAAUAAUUCCAUGCAAUGGCAAAUCAACCUCGACGUCAAACAAGAGCAAGACGAUGAUGAGUGGUAAGCAAAGUGGUUUUACACCUACAGCUGCGCUAGAGCUGAAAUAACAGCCGUUGAGCAGGAUGGUAGGUUCACUUCGUAAAACAGAAAGGCCAUUUUCUAAAUCUUGUUCAUUUCUUUUCGUUAGUGUUCCAAAAGGUCCAGGACUGUACCAGUGGUUUGUUAACCAAGAAUUAUCAGAAGCUGUGAGCUCUGUUAAUGUGGAUCAGGUGGACCCUCACUCAGCUUCAAUCCAAGAAAUACUCGAAGCAAGUCGCUUGAACAAAAAUAAGGACCUUUUGCAACUUCUUGAUGAGAUUGGGUCUGGUGAUACUUCAGCUUUGGCUGGAAAUUACUGGCAAGAGGCAGGGAGCAAUGAAUUCAACUCCCAGAAUGUGGGCUUCUCAGCAAGUGGCACAGAUGAAUGCCAGCAGUUUAGUGAUUGUCAGCAUUUUCGGACAUUUUACGAGCCGCUGCCUCUAGUCUUGCCUUCAGUAGCUGGAUCUGUCAACAGCUGCAGUUUUGUGCAGCCAGGGGAUGGUACGGUAUGGACUGGGCAAGCUGCAGAAACAGGACGAGGCAUGACUGUGGAGUGUAUUCAAGCAGGAGAAGCUCCUUUUUCAUUGGGUCAACCUUCAACAUCAAGUGAAGAUCUAAGUGAUGAAAUAAAAAAACAAGAGGAGAAAAAGAGAAAAAGAAGAGAAAGGAACAAACAGUGCAGCCGAGAAUUUCGCAGGAAACAAAAAGUCAGAGAACAGCUCUUGACGAGGGGAAAGGCUGAAAAGGAACAACUUCUGGUGGAAAGAUACAAGAGGAUUGAGAAAACAACCAAAAUCCUGCUCAAGAUUGCAAACAGCAGUGGAGCAUGUGAAAAAGGACAGAACAUCAUCAACAGGGUAGCUGGUUUGAUCAAUAAAGAAAAUUUACCAUGUGCUAUGGUGAAAGGUACCUUGGUUCCUUACAGACAUGUUAGCUGCACCAAAACACAGGCCUUCUAAAGCAUUAAUGU